CUAGCCACACAAUGGACGGUCAGUACACACUCUGGAGCCUGCUUCGGAUAUGGGUCUGCAGAAUAUGCGUACCGGAUACUGAGCUAGUGCAAAACGCAUAAGUAUAGCAUGAAAUAGGUGAGGAUUUCCUUCAAGCUCUGUCUUCACUCGCAUUUGCAGUCUACCCUCCCGCUCACCCACCCUGUCGCACACCAUGCAACUGCCUGUCGCUUUUAUUAUCUCUGCCUUCUGGCUCUUGUUCGUGCACGCAGUGCCAGCAGAGAUUCCCCGCGGCACGAAAAUUGCCCUCAGCAAACGAAGCAAUCUGGCUGGUCCAGAUGGCAUCAUAUAUGCCGCGGAAGUACAGACGCAUGUCGCGCGUUCGCUCGGCAAGAUCCAAGAUGGCUUCGCCUCGUACCAAAAGAACACGGGCGAAGCCCAUCCUCUCGCCGAGCACUAUCAGCCGACGAAAAGUAAGAGAGGCGCCAUCCCUCUUACCGACGACAUGAAUGGCCAGAUGUGGCAAGGCGCGAUAUCGGUCGGGACCCCGCCGCAGGAUGUCACCGUCGACUUCGACACUGGCAGCGCCGACCUCGUGUUGCCCGGCCCAACAUGCGAACAAAACUGCGCGGGCCAUCAUUAUUAUCACCCCGAGGCGAGCAAAAGCUCGUCGACCCGCUCUAGUCAGUUUACGCUCCGCUAUGGUGAUGGUUCCUAUGUCACCGGCGAGCAGUACGCGGACACGGUCAACGUUGGUGGAUUGACCGCCACCAACGCCACCGUUGGCGCUGCACAACAAUACUCAGAAGGGCUUGCGCCCUCGAACUUCCCCCCUGAUGGGAUCUUGGGCCUAGCGUACCCCUCCGUAACGAGUUUCCACCAGCCCACGGUCUUCCAGGCUCUCAUGCAGGAGAACCAGAUCAAGAAUCCUGUGUUCGCCUUCAAGCUCGGCUCGGAUGGCCCAGAGCUUAUGCUGGGAGGAAUCAAUGAUGACCUGCAUCAGGGAGAUAUUACAUAUACGCCGGUUACCCAACAGGGAUACUGGCAAGUCAACAUAGACGGUGUGUCGGCGAACGGCAAUAAGACGCUUGAAAACGUGUCCGCCAUCAUCGACACGGGCACGACUCUCAUCAUCGGCAAUCCAGAUCAAGUCGCUCAGCUUUAUGCCACCAUCCCUGGUGCUAAGCAGGCGCCGGAGAGCUACGGAUCUGGGUUUUAUACGGUCCCCUGCAACGCCAUCCCCACAAUCAGUUUGUCUUUUGGCGGGAAGGGAUUUGACAUCUCCACCGACCUGAUCAAUCUGGGGCCCGUCGACUCUGGGUCGUCCGACUGUCUAGCUGGUCUAGCCGGUCAGGGAGGGAUGAACUUCUGGAUCGUCGGGGAUGUCUUCCUGCAGAACGUGUACACCGUGUUUGACUUCCAAAACAACCAGGUCGGGUUCGCGAACCUGGCAUAAUAUAACUAUAAAGCUACGCUGUCCUACUCACACAGAUGUCCGUAGUCAGUGGCGCGUUGCAAUAGUCAAAUAU